CGAGCCUCGGGCUCCCUGCGCCGCUGGGCACGGGAAGCCCUGCCAGCAGUCCCGCGGCGGGUGAGCUCGUGAGCAUCCCGGUGCCAUGCCGCUCCCCGACCCGAGGCCCUGGGCCUCGCUGCUGCUGCUGGAUCUGGCCUUCCUCGGGCUGCUUCAGGGGAGUCUUGGGGCGCUGCUUCCCCGAGGGCUGCUAGGACUGUGGCUGGAGGGGGCUCUGCGACUCGGAGUGCUGUGGGGGCUGCUAAAGCUGGGGGCGCUGCUGCGGCCCGGGGGCGCCCGGUUGGCCCCGCUCUGCCUGGCGACGCCCCUGUUUCUCUCCCUGCGAGCGCUGGCCGGAGGGACCUUGAGUGCCCCCCCAGUCAGGGUGGCCUCGGCCUCUUGGAGCUGGCUGCUGGCGGGCCACGCGGCUGCGGCGCUGGGCGGGGCCCUGUGGGCUGUGCUGAGCCCCCCCGGCGCCCCGGCGGGGGAGCCGGGCCGGGAGAAGAACCGAGCCCUGAUGUGGCGCCUGCUGCAGCUCUCCAGGCCCGACCUGCCCUGGCUGCUGGGCGCCUUCUUCUUCCUGGCGGCCGCCGUGUGGGGGGAGACGCUGAUCCCUCACUAUUCUGGCCGCGUCAUUGACAUCCUGGGGGGUGAUUUUGACCCCGACGCCUUUGUCAGCGCCAUCUUCCUCAUGUGCCUGUUCUCCGUGGGCAGCUCACUGUCUGGAGGCUGCCGGGGAGGCUUGUUUACCUUCGUCAUGUCCAGAAUCAACCUGCGGAUCCGUGAGAAGCUUUUUUCCUCCUUGCUGCAUCAGGACCUCGGGUUCUUCCAGGAGACUAAGACAGGGGAGCUGCACUCCCGGCUGAGCUCUGACACCACCCUCAUGAGCAACUGGCUUCCUCUCAAUGCCAACAUCUUCCUCCGGAGCCUCGUGAAAGUCGUGGGGCUGUUUGGCUUCAUGGUCGGCGUGUCACCUCGACUCACCCUCCUGUCUCUGAUCGACCUGCCCGUGACGCUGGCUGCUGAGAAGGUGUACAACACUCGCCAUCAGGCGCUGCUGCUGGAGAUCCAGGAUGCGGUGGCCAAGGCGGGGCAGGUGGUGCGGGAGGCAGUUGGAGGGCUGCAGACCGUGCGCAGUUUUGGGGCCGAGGAGCACGAGGUCCGUCGCUAUCAGGAGGCCCUGGAGCGAUGCCGGCAGCUGUGGUGGCGCCGGGACCUGGAAAAGGGCCUGUAUGAUCUCUUCAAGAAGCUGGUGCACCUGGGCUCGCAGGCGAUGAUACUGAGCUGUGGGCGGCAGCAGAUCCUGGCGGGCGAGAUCACGCGGGGCUCGCUGCUGUCCUUUCUGCUCUACCAGGCGGAAGUGGGGCUCUACGUGCAGACCCUGAUGUACAUGUAUGGGGACAUGCUGAGCAACGUGGGGGCUGCCGAGAAGGUGUUCUGCUACCUGGACAGAAAGCCCGAUCUGCCUCAGCCUGGCACACUCGCCCCUGCCAAGAUGCAGGGCCGCGUGGAAUUCAGAGACGUCACCUUUGCCUAUCCCAACCGCCCCGACCAGCCUGUGCUCAAGGGAGUAACAUUUACUCUACAUCCUGGGAAGGUGACGGCCCUGGUGGGACCCAAUGGCUCUGGGAAGAGCACUGUGGCUGCCCUGCUGCAGAACCUGUACCAGCCCACGGGGGGCCAGGUGCUGCUGGAUGGAAAUCCUGUCUCAGAAUAUGAGCACCACUACCUGCACAGACAGGUGUCUGUGGUUGGGCAGGAGCCGGUGCUGUUUUCAGGCUCUGUGAGGGACAACAUCACCUAUGGGUUGCAGAGCUGUGAGGACGACAAGGUGGUGGCUGCCACACGGGACGCCCUUGCAUAUGAUUUCAUAGAGGAGAUGCCGGAUGGAAUACAUACGGAUGUUGGUGAGAAAGGAAGCCAGUUGGCUGUGGGACAGAAACAGCGUGUGGCCAUCGCCCGGGCCCUGGUGCGGGACCCACGCAUCCUCAUCCUGGAUGAGGCCACCAGCGCCCUGGACGUCCACUGUGAACAGGCUCUGCAAGCCUGGAAGUCUCGCGGGAACCGAACCAUGCUGGUGAUCGCUCACAGGGAACAGGCGAUUCAGAACGCAGACCAGAAACUGGAGCUCAAGCAGGGCGAGCUUGUGGACGUCAUCCAGCUCAGGGAGGGAAUGGGUUCUGGUGGGGUGACCCAGGUGCUGGGUCUGCUAGUGAGUCUGAUCAGGCUGCAGUCCUCAGUGGCCCAAGGCAGAGACUGUCCAGAGGAUUUUGUGAUUCAGGCCAAGGCUGACUGCUACUUCACGAAUGGGACAGCAAAGGUGCGGUUUGUGGUCAGGUUCAUCUUCAACUUGGAGGAGUACGUGCACUUCGACAGUGACGUGGGGAUGUUCGUGGCCCUGACGGAGCUGGGAAAGCCCGACGCGGAGCAGUGGAAUAAUCGGCCAGAUAUACUGGAGAUGAGCAGAGCUUCCGUGAAUAUGCUGUGCAGGCACAACUACCGGCUGGGGGCCCCCCUCACCCUGGGGAGGAGAGUACAACCAGAGGUCGCAGUGUACCCAGAGAGGACCCCCUUCCUGCAGCGGCACAACGUGCUCCUCUGCUCUGUGACUGACUUCUAUCCAGGGGACAUCAAGAUCAGGUGGUUCCGAAAUGGACAGGAGGAGCGAGCUGGGGUUGUGUCCAGUGGCCUGAUCAGGAACGGAGACUGGACAUUUCAGACCGUGGUGAUGCUGGAGAUGACCCCUGAACUUGGAGAUGUCUACAGCUGCCGGGUUGAGCACCCCAGCCUGCUGGGCCCUGUCUCAGUGGAAUGGAGAGCUCAGUCUGAGUAUUCUUGGGGAAAGAUACUAAGUGGAGUUGCAGCCUUACUACUCGGAUUGGUCUUCCUUCUGGCGGGAAUUGUCAUUCACCUCAGAGCUUGGAAAGAACGCAAGAGCCAUUUGUCCAACACAGCACACUAAGGUCCUAAUUGAAGCUCUUCCCUGGAUCCAGAGGCACUGCUCAGUGGCCUGGCCCUGAGUUAGGCAAAACACUCAAGAAAUUAACGUUCUGCGAAUGAACCUUUUCCAUCCCAAUUGGAGUCCUGAGCUAAUUCUAGAGUGUGUGCCUUGAGGUCAUGCAUCUCCCACCUUCCUGCCCUUCUUCCUCUACUCACGUACUCCAUGAGUGGCCAUUUCAAAAGGCAUCAUCCAGUCAUUUCCCUAAGACUAACCCCUUCCAAUUGCAAGCUGCUUUCUUUCCUAUGGCCAGACCUAACUCUUGAGUCACGAUUCCUAAAUCUUUAUCUCUUCCAAUUUUAGUCUCCAUGAUCGUU